CUGUGUGGACGUCUCCACUCACUGAAAUAAAUGCGCAGUUUUGGAUCAUCAGUCUUAGACAAAAUGGAACGAAAACACGGAGAAAAGCAGUGGAAUGUUGCCGAAAUUAGUCUGGACGUAAGUCAACAAUGGUAGAAGAAGGCGGCCAUGAGGUGUAGGGUGAAAAACGAGACAUCGGAAUGCCACAAGCUGUCUCGCUGCUCUCUCUGUUGCUGGGGCUCAUGGGAUAUGCUUUGGCAGGGCUCAACAUCUGGCCCUCCUUCCACGUCGCCCUUAGCAACGCCAGUGUGUUCGUGGACUUCAGCACGAAAAGCAACAGCAGCCUCAUCCGCCACCUGAGCCUCUCUCUGAUUGACAUGGACACAAACGCCACCCUCCAGACCAGGACUCUAUCCAACAACCAGUCUGCUGGUCGAGUGGAGUUCAGCUGCACCUGUUUCCUGUAUGCUGGAACUUUCCGCUUCCUACUGAGGCAGACCAGCACCGCGGAGGAGUCCUACUCAAAUGGGACGGGGCGUUCGGAGAGUAACGCGUGGUGGAGUUCAGAACUGAGGGUGCAGUGGCCCACAUUUCACAUUGCGGUCGAGAGGGUCGUAAACCACUCGGGAGCUUUUCAGAUUGGAAUAUCCACCAACGAACACUUCCAGCCUUGCUCCAGCAUCCUCGACCCUGCUCUCCUGCUCGAAGUCAGCUACAUGGAGUACAACCAGAUCGGACGAAAAGGCAUCAACAAGGUGCAAGCCCGCACGUAUCAUCCAAUCCGUCCUCUCCGUUCCCAGAUGAUCAAGCGUCCCUGUGCCUUCCCUUUCACGGAGAGGGACUUCAUACAAGUGUCCCUCCGCUCCCCUCAUUCAGCACAGGAGGUGAAAAGCUCCGGUCCUCUCUACCUUUCCCACAUCUUCUCCUAUAAGCUGCUAGUGGAAAACGCCAAUAUCUAUAGGAGUGGGUGUGAAGGGACUGUGACUGUGAAGCUAGUAACUCCACCUUGUGCUCACAUUGAUGGGAAAGUACUAUUGUUUAAAGACAGCGUUGUUGGAAGAGGGCUAGCUCUCUCCUCUGGGACGGGAGCAGAAGCAGUGAUGGGUUUCGGGCAAGAGGAUGCGUCCUCUCCUCCGUUGGCUUUUAACUGGCUCACUCAGGGAGAGAAUGAGACAGAAUUCAACUGCUCUGUUUUUUACCCGGGAAGGAGUAAGUACUGCUUCCGAUUUGUGUUUAACUACAGCCGCUCGCCGAGUCCGGCUCAGACCUGCCUGGUGGUGCACAGGAGCGAAGAAUCUUGGGGGCCCUGGAAGCAGUGGAGUGUGUGCAGUGUGAGCUGUGGCGAGGGAGUCAGGGAACGCGUGCGGGAGUGUUUGCUGCCCUCUGGUGUAGACGGGAAGCAGUGCACUGGAAUGGAGAAGAAACAGUCCUUCUGCUCCCUGGAAGACUGUGCAGCAUUGCCGGCUCCAUCGCCAUCUCUUCCCCCCGUACUGGCUGGAGUCGUCCCCAUAGGUGGCAACAUGGUGGUGGUUGCCGGCAUCUCCCUCUGCCUUGCUGUCAUUCUGGCCACAGUCGUGAUCACCGUGUGGCGAAAGCUCUGCCACACCCCUCAGUGCAGCUCAGUCCGCAGAGGCUCCGUGCAUUCCCCCGGCGGAAGCAAACUCUCCGACGAGGCCUCCAUUUGCGGCAACAGUCUUCAGAGGCCGGGCCUCAUGAGCGUUGGUUCGACCCAAAUCCAGAGGCCUCCGCUGGGCAGUUCGCCUCUCUCACAGGAUCCGGAGAGGCUAUCGCCCACUGGUUUGAAGUUGCUGCCUCCCAUUUUUGGGUACCGUUUAGCUCAGCUGCAAUUAAAAGAAAUGAAGAAGAAGGGCUUGAAGGAGGCUACACAACUCUACCACGUCUCCUCAAGCCCGGUUCACGAUACCUCGGUAGAGACCCCCGCUUCACCAACCAACCCCCACAUUCCGUCACCCAUUGCGUCCUCCUUUUCUGAGCUACCAUCGCAGCCUUCCAGGAUCACACCGGACCGACUAAAUCCCAGAGUGGAUCUUGUAUUGGGUCCUCAUGUUUCAGGUCAUGGAAGUGGGGGCAGCUCCAAGUGGCGCGACCGCACUGCCGAUUGGGUAGAGAUGGUAGAGAGGAGCGGCAUAGCAGGUGUCGCAGAGAGACCGCGAGGAAACGUGUAUCACAAGAAUCCACAUUUCCGCAGGACCUCCAGUUUCACUGACACAAAACCUCAGCUUUCAUCUUCAGGACACUUCCGGGACAGAAGCAUGACUCAGGUGGGAUCUCGGACCCUUCCUGAAGGAAACUCGUGGACCAAAGAUAGAAGAGAGAGGCCUCAAUUUAGCUCCUACCCCAUUCCAGAGCAUGACACCCCAAAGUUGACCCAAUGUAGAGGCCAGAGUAGCAACCAGAGGAAUCCCUGCAUACAAAAUUCCAUUCCUUCUCUUAGUAAUGAAGUUAAACACACAGGAACCAACACCUCGCAGAAACAUGUGGACCACAGUGGUGCAGGGGAGAGACAGGUGAGUGGCGAGGUGGGAAACAGAGCUCGUGAGGGACUCUCAGGGAUCGGCGGUCCAGUCACAAGUCCUAACCGUCAGCACGGAGUGAACCUCAGUGUGGAACGGGCUGAGCAGAACUGGAACCGCCGCGGUCCAUCACCGAUCCAAAGGAAUAUGCUGGCGCGAAAACUAAAGGAGGCUCAGUCCGGCUCCAGCGUCAGAGGACGUCAGCGCAGCUCCACCUUCAGUGUGUCAUCAUCGGACCACAGGAAAGACCAGGGCCGCCCAAGACCUGGGUCUGGAUGCUACAUCGGCACUGAAAGCUUUGCUUAUACCCUGAGUGAGGCGGAGCAAAGGAUGCUGGACCUUUCACCAGUCUACACAGAAGAGACGAAUUAGGUCACAAAGAGGAAUUGUCUCCAAUAUUUGUAGCGGUAAUUAUUUUUUCUCAGAAGAAUUUUACAGGAAUGCGAUUGGCUGGAGACCGGUUCAGAGGGUGUACCCCGCCUGUACCCCGAUAGCUGGGAUAGUCUCCAGCAGCCUGCGACCCUAGUGAGAAUAAGUGGUAAAGAAAAUGGAUGGACAUUUUACAGGAUUUUAAUAGUACACGUUUGUAGAUUAGUCAUUUGAUCGUUCUGGUAUAUUGCCUAAUUUUUCCAUCCGUCCAUUGUUUUACGCUUAUCCGAGGUUGGGUCGCGGGGGCAGUAACUUCAGCAGGGAAGCCCAGACUUCCCUCUCCACAGCCACUUCCUCCAGCUCUUCCGAGGGGAUCCCGAGGCGUUCCCAGGCAAGCCGAGAGACGUAGUCUCUCCAGCAUCUCCUGGGGCGUCCCCGGGGUCUCCUCCUGGUGGGACGUGCUCGGAACACCUCACCAGGGAGGCGUCUGGGAGGCAUCUUAAACAGAUGCCUGAGCCACCUCUUCUGGCUACUCUCAAUGCGGAGGAGCAGCGGCUCUACCCUGAGCCCCUCCUGAAUGACCGAGCUUCUCGCUCUAAGGGAGAGCCCUGACACCCUGCGGAGGAAACUCAUUUCAUAUCCGGGAUCUUGUUCUUUUGGUCACGGCCUACAGCUUAUGACCAUAGGUGAGGGUAUGAACGUAGAUCGACCGGUAAAUUGAGAGCUUCGCCUUUCGGCUUAGCUCCUUCUUUUCCACAACGGACCGAUACAAAGUCCGCAUCAAUGCAGACGCUGCACCGAUCCGACUGUCGAUCUCGUGUUCCAUUCUUCCCUCACUCGUGAACAAGACCCCAAGAUACCACUAGGGAAGGAUCUCAUCCCCGACCUGGAGAGGGCACUCCACUCUUUUCCGACUGAGGACCAUGGUCUCAGAUUUAGAGGUGCUGAUUCUCAUCCCAGCCGCUUCACACUCUGUUGCGAACUGCUCCAAUGAGAGUUGGAGAUCACGGCUUGAUGAAGCCAACAGAACCACAUCAUCUGCAAAAAACAAAGAUGCAAUACUGAGGCCACCAAACUGGACACCCUCUACGCCUCGGCUGCGUCUAUAAAUUCUGUCCAGAGAAGUUAUGAACAGAAUUGGUGACAAAGGGCAGCCUUGGCGGAGUCCAACCCUCACUGUAAACGAGUCCGACUUACUGCCGGCAAUGUGGACCAAACUCUGACACCGGUCGUACAGGGACCGAACAGCCCGUAUCAGGGGGUUCCGUAUCGCAUACUCCCGAAGCACCCCCCACAGGACUCCACGAGGGACACGGUCAAACGACUUCUCCAAGUCCACAAAACACAUGUAGACUGGUUGGACGAAAACCACACUGCUCCUCCUGAAUCUGGGAUUCAACUUCCCGACGGACCCUCCUCUCCAGCACCCCUGAAUAGACCUUACCACGGAGGCUGAGGAGUGUGAUCCCCCUGUAGUUGGAACAAACCCUCCGGUCCCCCUUCUUAAAAAGGGGGACCACCACCCCAGUAUGCCAAUCCAGAGGCACUGUCCCCGAAGUCCACGCGAUGUUGCAGAGGCGUGUCAACCAGGACAGCCCCACAACAUCCAGCGUAUUUAGGAACUCCGGGCGAAUCUCAUCCACCCCCGGGGCCUUGCCACCGAGGAGCUUUUUAACCAUGUCAGUGACCUCAACCCCAGAGAUAGGAGAGCCCGCAUCAGAGAACCCAGACCCUGCUUCCUCAUGGGAAGGCAUGUCGGUGGAAUUGAGGAUGUCUUCGAACUAUUCUCCCCACCGACUCACAAUGUCCCGAGUUGAGGUCAGCAGCGCCCCCAUCCCCACAAUACAGAGUGUUGAUGGUGCACCGCUUCCCCCUCCUGAGAUGCCAGAUGGUGGACCAGAAUUUCCUCGAAGCCAUCUGGAAGUCGUUCUCCAUGGUCUCACCGUACUCCUUCCAGGCCCGAGUUUUUGCCUCAGCGACCACCAAAGCUGCAUUCCGCUUG